AUGGAACGAAUCUAUUAUGAUUGGACUGAAUUAAAUAACGUGCAAGAACUUGAAUUAAUAAAAAAGUAUUCAGCUUUUGGAAAACUUCUCACAUUGAUUGUAACAUUGAUCAUAUAUACAACUAUUUUCUGCUUCAUCCUAAUAAUGUUUCUGUCAAAUAUUUUUCUAAAUGUUUCAACUACUAUGAAUGAAUCACGCCAAGUACAACUUCCAGUCCUAGCAGAAUAUUUUAUAGAUCAGAAAACAUAUAUUGUCCCAAUCAUUUGUCACAUGGGUUUUGUUCAUUUGUGUGCAUUUACUAGUAUGAUAGCCAGUGAAACGCUUCUUAUGUCAUGUGUACAACAUGCAUGUGGAUUAUUCGAAAUAGCCAGUUAUCGCAUAGAACGAGCAUUACACAAAGACACGGUACAUGGUAUUAUAUCUUUCACCAAAAGAAAUUCAGUAAUAUGUCGAGGGAUAAUCAAUGGGUUCAGUAUGUACACAAAAGCUGUCGAGUUUAUUGAAAUAUUAAAAAUAUAUUGCAAAUGGGCAUAUUCAUCGUUAUUACCGUUAGGAGUAUUGUCGCUGAGUAUUAAUCUUUAUCGCUUUUCUCAUUUAGUGACAUCCGAGGAACAUUACGACAUGAUCAUUAGUUUCAUCUUCAUCGUUGCCCAUUUUGGAUACAUGUUUUUUUGUAACUAUGUAGGACAGGAACUAAUUGAUCACAGCAGCGAUGUUUUUUAUAAAACGUACAACCUACGAUGGUACGUAAUUCCGUUGAAAGCACAGAAGUUAUUGUUACUUGUGAUGCAAAGAAGUAUGCGACAUUGCACGGUCGUCAUUGGUGGAUUGUUUAUUGCAUCAUUAGAGGGAUUUGCCACGAUUGCAAGCAUGUCAAUAUCGUAUUUUACAGUAUUAUUUUCUCUUUUUUAA